GAUGUCACAAUUCUGAGCCCCAAGCCUUAGACUGAACCUGUCCUCCAGCGAGACCCAGUGCACUUUCCUCUGCUGCAUUUUUCUCCAUUUUCCCCUUUAAUUUUUUUCAGCUUUUUUCCCUUUUCAUUUGAACUAAUCCCUUAAAACAGGAGUAUAACUUUAACCAAAUGAGCUGAUUAAAGCUUAUAUAAUCCUCUCAAAGACCCUUAAAUCAGGAUCUCUUUGCCGCAAGGGGGAAAACAGGAAUCUAGGAAGGUUUCACCCCCCUAGCAAAGGUGCCUAGUGACAUUUACAAAGCAGAUGACUGAUGGUGGAUUUUAACAAGCCCUGUUUUGUUUGCCAUAGAAGGGACACCGGUUCUGCUGGGCUACAUGGAAGAUUCACAGACACAGGGACUUUAAUCUCAAGCCACAGGUACAAAUCCAUGGCAGAAGCACCUCGACCAAACUAAAAAGCUCUUUUGCCAGCUCUCCUGUGGAUAUUUCAGCACUGGGAGCAACUCCGCAGCAGCGUCUUAGGUAGACGCCAAAUCUCUCCAGGGCUCCACGGACUCUUCCAUCAGCCUUCUAAAGCCCCAGUCUGUUGCACACCAGAUUCCCCUUGAGGGGAGUGACCUCUGGACUGCUGGAUCUAGGAGCGUGACGUUCAAUUACAGAAGGAGUUGCAUUAGCUCAGAGGCAGCAGCAGCCCUGUAAUCACCUUUUGGGUUUGAGAUCCAUGCAGCUCUAGAAGUAUUUUGGAUCCUAGAGUAUUUUUUGUAGCCUGGGGUUAUUUCUGAGGGCAAGGUGCUUCCAGCGGGACCAUGUCUUUCGCCGAAUUCUUACACCAGGUGGGCGGCAUGGGACGUUUCCAAAUUAUCCACACAAUGUUGCUUACCAUCCCCAUCGUGCUGAUGGCCAGCCACAACCUCCUGCAGAACUUCACCGCCGCCAUCCCGGGGCACCACUGCCAAGUCCAUAUCAAUGCCAACAACACCCGCUACGCUAAUGCCACCCUGCACCUGGGCUCCCAGGACCUGCUCCAGGUCACCAUCCCCAUGGACAGGAACCGGCAGCCAGAGAAGUGCCGCCGUUUUGUCACCGCUCAGUGGCAGCUCCUAGACCCCAAUGUCACCGAGCCCAAUGGAACUCAGCUGGACACAGAGCCCUGCACGGAAGGAUGGACCUACGAUAGGAGCGUGUUCACCUCCACCAUCAUUACCGAGUGGGACCUGGUGUGUAACUUGCGGAAGUUCCGGCAGAUGGCGCAGUCAAUCUACAUGGCUGGGGUGCUGCUGGGAGCACUCGUGCUAGGCGGUCUCUCUGACAGGUUUGGACGCAAGGCAAUGCUGAUCUGGUCCUUUCUGCAGCUGGCUGUCAUGGGAACCUGCACGGCCUUCUCCCCCAGUUACAUCUCCUACUGUGUCUUCCGCUUCCUGGGUGGGAUGGCGCUAUCUGGCUUUGGGCUCAGCAUCGCUUGCCUGAUUGUGGAGUGGAUCCCCACUCAGUUCCGCACCAUCACCAUUGCCAUCACAGGAUUCAUCUAUACCCUGGGCCAGAUCCUGCUGGCGGGCUUGGCAUAUGGCAUCCCCAACUGGCGCUGGCUCCAGCUGACUGUCUCUUUGCCUUUCUUCUUCUUCCUCAUCUAUUCCUGGUGGUUCGCAGAAUCUGCCCGCUGGCUGGUUCUGGCAGGUAAAGCUGACAGAGCAGUGAAGGUGCUUCAAAGGGUCGCCAGAGUGAAUGGGAAACGGGAAGAAGGGGAGAAGAUUACCACAGAGAUCCUAAAUUCCAAAAUGCAGAAGGAACUGUCAAUGGUGAAGUCAUCCUACACUGUCUUGGAUCUGGUACGCACACCUGCCAUACGCCGGAUAUUCUGCUGCCUCUCAGUUGUGUGGUUCUCGACCAGUUUCUCCUAUUACGGGCUGGCCAUGGAUCUGCAGAACUUUGGCGUCAGUAUCUACGUGAUCCAGUUGAUUUUUGGAGCUGUUGACUUCCCGGCCAAAGUGUUGGUCACCAUCUCCAUGUCCUACAUUGGGCGCAGGAUCACGCUCUCAGCCUUCCUCUUCCUGGCUGGGCUUGUCAUCAUUGCCAACAUCUUUGUGCCCAGAGAGCUGCAAAUAGUCCGCACAUCACUGGCUGUGAUUGGGAAGGGAUGUCUUUCGGCCACCUUCAACUGCGUGUUUCUAUUCACAACUGAGCUCUACCCCACACCGAUCAGGCAGACCGGACUGGGCUUUGGCAGCACCAUGGCCCGGGUAGGAGGUAUUGUGGCUCCCUUGGCCAAGAUGUUGGAUGAAUACUUCUCCUUCCUGCCGCCAAUCGUCUACGGUGCUGCCCCAAUCAUCUCUGGCAUUGCGGCCACCUUCCUCCCGGAGACUCUCAACCAACCACUGCCAGACACUGUGGAGGAGGUGGAGAGCAGGUCCCGAAUGAAGAGGGGUGAAGACACCAAAGAGAAGAUUCCCCUUCAGAACCAGGAGAAAGUUCUGCUCAGAGAGACUUGCUGAUGGCACUCGGCCCCAGAUGCCUUCGGGAUCCAUUGGGGUGGGGGGGUCGCAGCUGCUCAGUUUCAAAUAUUCCGUCAUCCAAUUACACACGACUCUCACAGGUAACAACUUGUCCCUUGAGACCCACACACAGGGCAGGUUUUUGCACACAAGGAUUCAGGGGGGAAAGGGGUUAAAUCUGCACCACAGCUUCGGCGAAGUGUUGCAAGAGAAACCUACUGGGAAAGGAAUGUGCGGGCUGAUUCAAAGCUCUCAGGGGCAGGCAGGAACCCUCCACCCCCAGGGCUAACCAAAGCUCUGAGCAUGCCAAGGAGCACAGCGAUGCCCUUUAUCUCCACGGUGACAUCAGCUUUCUGUAAUGCAACCUGUUCCCCCGCUGCUUUGAAAGGAGUCCGGGACAAACUCUGAACCAUGCAUUUCUGAAUGCUCAGCAACCACACAGCUGCACAGGGAAUGGAACCAGGGGCUAAUGUAACUCAGCACCGACACGGAUAUCAUUAUACUGUGUUAUCUGGCUGAUGUACAGCAGCACUGCCGGCUGCCACUGAGGCAUGUCCUGAUGGCGCAGGACACCUGACCACUACUGGGGGGCUGCAGAUAGCAGAGGGAGGAGGCAUAGAACAGGAGAUACAGACUCCAGUGGGAUAUGACAUGCUCCCUGCUGCUCUCAGAGGCUGCUCUGCACCUGCCUGUCACAAGAGGGGGAUAAAGAUUAUAGACCCCACUGGAAAUACAGCAGGGAUGGAUCUGUCCCAAAGCUUGUGUUUCAGCCUGUGCACUGGAGAAAACAAGUCGUUGUAUAGUGGGGAGCAAACAUGGCCCUAUAAUAAACACACAGUCAUUUCACA